UCUUUUUACAAAAUAAUAGGGUGGAGAGUUUGGAAAUCCUUCUCUGUUCUGUUCUUUCUUCUUACAAGUUAUCCCAUCAUUUCUAUCGCACUUCAAAUCUAACCUCUAUUACUCUUAUCUAUUUUCCUUCCAUUUUUAAUACCCAACUACCCUUGUUUUUCGCUCACUUGUUCUUCUUUUCAUCUUCAUAGAUCUCUCUCUUCUUCCUACUAACUCUUUUUUUUUUUUUUUCUCGCAUUUCUUCUCUUCUUCGAUCUGUUCUUUUGCUUUUUUUCUCCAUUUUUGUAAUGGGGUGGCCUAAUUUUUCACCUUUCAACUUCCGGGAACUGUUGUUCUUUUUAGUUUGAAGAAACCCAUUUGUGUAUUCCUCUUCAAAAGUUUCCCAAAGCUGGAGAAACCUUUGGUAACCAUGUCUCUGCAAUUAGGGUUUUAUGGGUGUUUUUUGUGUGUGACGAUUUUGUAGCUUUUUGGAUGUAAUAAUUUCUGGGUUUUUUCUUUUAUCGUGGUGGGUGUGAUUAUUUGGAAUGGAUUAUAGUGGAGGAAACGUGGUUCACGUGAUCUCUGGGACGAGCAAUGAGAAUUGGCCAGGGGAAGUUUGGGCUACGGAAGAUGAAUACAGAGCUUGGAACAAUGGCGGUGAUGGGUCUGUUGAUACGCCUUCCAAUUCGAGUUAUGAUCAAAGGCAAUCUCAAAGCCGGUCCGGUAGCGAACCCCCAAACAAAAAAUCCAGAAGCUCACAGGAUGUUACAUCUUCGAAUCGAUCGAAAGCGAUCGGAAAAAUGUUUUUCAAGACCAAACUCUGCUGCAAAUUCCGUGCUGGAACUUGUCCUUACAUCACAAAUUGCAAUUUCGCUCAUAGCAUUGAGGAGCUCAGGCGACCACCACACAAUUGGCAGCAGGAAAUUGUGGCCGCCCAUGAGGAAGAGAAGGCGGUAUUAUCGGAGCCAAGGGAGGAAUUUCAAAUUCCUUCACUUGGGACAUCGAAUUUUGGUUCUGAAUCGCAGAGGUCGUAUAAAGGUCGACACUGCAAGAAGUUUUACACAGAGGAGGGGUGUCCGUAUGGGGAUAGUUGUACGUUUCUUCAUGAUGAGCAGUCAAAGAAUCGAGAGAGUGUAGCAAUAAGCUUGGGUCCUGGUGGAUACAGUGGUGGUGGUGGUGGUGGUGGUGGAGGUGGUGGUGGUGGUUCAGGAAAUGGAUCCAACACAAAGCCUUCAAAUUGGAAAACAAGGAUUUGUAACAAGUGGGAGUUGACAGGAUAUUGUCCAUUUGGGAACAAAUGCCAUUUUGCUCAUGGUGCUGCUGAAUUGCACCGUUAUGGCGGUGGGCUUAUGGAGACAGAAACUAGAGACUCUUCAGCUGCACCUCCUGACCUGAAGCAGGGUGUAUUGCCAAAAGCUCCUGGCGAUACUUUGGUUGCUUCUGUUCCUUCAGCACCUCAUUCAGAUGUUUACCAUGUGGUGGUUCCAUCACAGAGGUCGACCAUUGUAAUUCAAAGGCCAGGGCAGAGAACUCAUCAGAAGUGGAAGGGUCCCGAUAAAAUCAGUCGGAUAUAUGGUGAUUGGAUUGAUGACAUUGAAUAAUAGGUAUCCAAGUGAUCGCUGAACGUGAAUAACGAGAACUUAAAAGUUCCAUAGUUAACAGACAUUGUGAUGGACUUGGUGGUCUCUCAUAAGCAUUUGGCAGAUGAAGAUUCUGUUUGUUCGGGUUAAGUUUCGAUUGGUUCUUUUCUUAUUCUCGUCCUCAACCCCACUUCAGUUCGGAGGUUUGAGAAAAUUGAAGCACAUGGUCUUUAUCUGUUAGAGUUGUUAUCUUCUGUAGUUAAUGUAAUCUUUUUUCUUCUAAAGAAAAGAAAAAUGUAUGAAUGUCAUCACCACCCCUUCUUAGUUCAUAAUUGAUUAAUUCUUGUGCGUUCUGGGAAAUGUUUAACCUUAUUGUAAUUGGGAAUAUGAGUCCUUCAAAUGAGGCAGGGUAGCAAUUUUUAUACAUUGACAUUGUGAUUGCUGAGGUUCCCACAUUGUAGUGUUGGUAGUUAGACUGUUACAUUGUUUCCCCUUUUUUGUAUAAUGUGUUGUAGAUUACAAUAUUCUCUUUACAGAUAUUUCAUCUAUCCUUCUUUCUCUCA